AUUCUCUAAUUGACAUUUUAUAUACCCAAAAACAGAUCCAAAAGACCGUCGCGACCACCGUCGCGAUAUAUUAUAUACAUCAUGCACGAGCACGAACUUUCUUACAUGGGUCCUCGGGCCUUCAACCACUCCCAAAGCAAUGAUGCCGAAUCCGAAUACGAUCGUCUUCGCGACCUCGCAAGACAAGAAGCCUCGAAGCGCAACUCCUGUUUCCAGCGCUCCCAAGAAGCAUACGCGUCCGGCGACGGCGCAGCAGCCAAAGAACUCAGCGAGCAGGGCAAAGCGCACGGCCGCAAGAUGGAGGAGUAUAACCGACAAGCGUCAGAGUUUAUUUUUCGCGAGAACAACGCGCCGGGGCGCGUUGAUGCGGAUACAAUCGAUCUUCACGGACAAUUUGUUGAAGAAGCAGAAGAUAUCCUUGAAGAGAGGAUUAAGUACGCGAGGAGUCAAGGGCAGACUCAUCUGCAUGUGAUUGUUGGCAAGGGAAACCAUUCCGCGAACCAUGUUCAGAAGAUCAAGCCGCGCGUGGAGAAGGUCUGUCGCGAGCUGGGCCUGCAAUAUGCGACGGAGGAGAAUGAAGGCAGAAUCUAUGUCAAUCUUACUGGCGGCGCGGCGGAUAGUCUUCCUUCCAAACCGUCGCAUGGACAUGGACAUCAACAACAGCACUACCAACAACCGCAUCAACACCAGCAACAGCAGCAGGGUAACCAGGAUGAGAUUGAGCAAGUCGUCAAUGCGAUACUGCCGCGGGUGCUGCGCAAGCUGGAGAAGGCUUGCUGUGUUGUUAUGUAG